UACCUGCCCACAUACACACGUUCACAGGGUGUUAGCUGGAGGCUAAUGCCAGCUUGAAGACCCCCAAAAAACUGCUAAAAAGCUACUUGUGCAGCAUGGAGGAGGUGAUUGGAGGUCUCGGCCGGUGCUCCUGGGCCUUCUGGCUGGCCGUGGUGUUUGACACUCUGGGCUUAGUCGUGCUGCUGCUGGGCGUUUUCGCUGACCUGUUCUUCUACGACUUUCUCAUCUACGCGGGAGCCAUCGUGAUCUUCCUCAGCCUCAUCUGGUGGGUCUUCUGGUACACGGGUAACAUCGAGGUGCCUCCCGAGCAGCUGGAGGACGACGUGGGCCUGCUGAAGAAGGACAAAGGCCUGGGCGGAGUGCUGAGGAGGUUCUCCAGUCGGCUGUCCAGCGGGAUCAGAGCUUCUCUGAGGAGAAACACCCCCAACGGCCAAACCCCAACCAGAGCUGCCAAACGAGGCCCCGUCACUCUGGCGAUGAACCCAGAAGACCUGAACACUGUUUGUGACUCUGUGUCUGCUGUGGAAAGUUCCCACACCUCAGCUAUAUGAUCCACAUUCAUCCUUUCACUGGUACUGUAGAUAUGAUAGAGGAUGGAUGCCUUUGCUUUUAGGCUAUGGCUAGAAAAUAUGCUAAAUAUCAGCAUAAUAAUAGCAUUAAUAGUGAUUCUUGACUCAUUAUGAGGUCCACUUUGUCACCUGUUGUUCACGUAGCUGAAUCUAGCUUGUUAUCGGAAUUUUCCGUUCCACCUUAAAUGGUGCAGCAGUUGCAUUCUGGUGCCUGAGGCUGGACCAUUUAAGGCAGAAUGGCAAAUCCGACUGAGCAGCUAGCUUAUAUCUACACUAUUUAACAAGAUGGUUCUUUAAGGGCUCUUUAAUAAAGGCAGUUCUAUUUAGAACCAUUACUCUAUUUAGAGUCUCAGGCGCCAGAGUGCAGCUGCUGCGCCAUUUAAGGUGGAACGGAAUAUUCAAAUAAUGAGCUAGCUUGAGCAACGCUAGCUUUUAUACACAUUUUAAAAAGAUGGUUCUUCAAGAGCUCUUUAGUAACGGGAAUAGUUCUAUUUGGGAAUGGUUCCAUUUAGAACCAUGAAUUCUAAAUAUGACCAUCUCCAGCUCACAUGGGUGUUCAGAUUGAUGGAGAUUGUGUUCUGUAUGAUUCUUUUUAGAACCUUUUUGGGGUUCAAUGUCAAGUUUGAGACACCAGAAGAUCUAUUUUGGUGCCUUUUCCAAAAAUGUUCUAUAUAGAACCAUAUACAACACAUUCUCUAUCAAUCUGAGCAAUCAUUGUUCUAUAUAGAACAAAUAGUUCUAAAUAGGUUCCAAAUAGAGCCCCCCGCUUUACUAAAGAACCCUUUUUUAAGAGUGUAGGCCUGAUAUUUCAGUGUAUAUUGAUGAGCUGUGCUUUGUUGGCCUUUUGCCUUAAAACAAUGAGAAUUUCAUUAGUCAAGGUUGAGGAGCUUACAGUCUUCAGAGAAAGGAGAACAAGGAUUAGUUGCACUACUUAUCAUUCUGUUAACCAUUAACUCCAUUAUAGCACAGCCAUGCCCUAUGAAAACACCCACACAAACCUGAUGGAAAAAUGAGGUGUAACAGCUUUUAAGUGUUGUUGCUCUUGAGUUCAUAUAGUACAAAAUAGUAAAUAAUCUAAGACUAAAUUAGACAGAACCUCAGUUAUUUUAUACUCAUGAAAAUGUGCAGCAACACAUGUUUAGCUUUGUAAUUUACUGGCUAAAGUAAAGAAAGCUGGUAUAGAUCAGUGUUUUACAGUGUACAUGUUCAGGACUGAAUUGAACCUUUUUUUUUUUUUAUGCUUUAUGAUCUUUAUGCUCAUUUGUUUACAUUCUGUUGACAUUGUUGAUCUAAUUAUUAUCUCUGGUUUAAUUAAUUUAGUAUUAUUCAGGGUUGAGAAGAUUACAGUUUUCAAAAAUAUGCCCAUAAACAGAUUAUUGAUGACCUGGUCAAUAAUAUAAUGGAUUACAACAUCGCUGUCGCAGUAGUUCAUCCUGAUUCAUGUCCAACUAUAUUUUAAUUGUAGUAAAUGCUAUUUAAUUUUUUUUACAUUUUUCCCCAAAUGUAAAUGUACAUUUAUUUGCAGUUGUUGUGACUUUAACAGUCAUUUUUGUUAUAGCUGUAUGUUUUUUCGCUUUACUCAUAAACAAGGCACAUAAUGUCAAUUGUCAACGCUGACUAUGGAGGCCUUAUAGAAUAAUGAAUAAACAGAAGCGUAUUUUUCUAA